GGUUAUACGUUCAUCCCUCCAGUCUCCUCCCCUGAGUAUUAGGGAGCAAAUUGGACAGUUACAAAUUGAUAGUAGCUUUCCCAUUCCAGCGCCAAAUUUCCCCCUUCAACAAACGCCAUUGUAAUAAAUUCAAAAUCUCUCUGUGCUUCUUUUCCCCAAUGGAUAUUUUCGGAUCCAAUAUGACAAGCGAUGUUGGGCUACGGUUACUUCUCAGCCCACUUGGUUCUAAUGUUGUCGUUCGAACAGCAUGCUGUUCUGUAGGCGUUGUUUUACCUGUGUACUCUACAUUCAAGGCAAUCGAGAAGAAAGAUCAAAAUGAGAAACAAAAAUGGCUAAUAUAUUGGGCAGCAUAUGGUUCUCUCAGCCUUGUGGAAGCAUUUUCAGACAAGUUGCUCUCGUGGGUUCCAAUGUAUUAUCACGUGAAGUUUGCAUUUCUAGUGUGGCUUCAACUUCCAUCUACUGAUGGUGCAACGCACUUGUAUAGGAAGCACCUGCGUCCUUUCUUCUCAAGACAUCAAGCCAGAGUUGAUAUGGUUGUGGGCUUUGCUUAUGGUGAAAUGGCUAGAAUUGUCAGCAGACACCAAGCAGAAUUUGAAUGUGCUAGGACUAUAGUCUUGAAGAUCAUGGGUUCAGCUGAUCAAACAAACAAGAGUAGGUAUGAUCAUUCAGAUGAGUACCUGGCAAUUGAAGGCGAGACAAGGACAAGCACAAGUUCCGAUACUUUAUCUGAUAUUGACGAUUGACUUCAGACUUGUGUUGUUUCUGCAUGAUUUUUAAACCCUUCAAAUUUGUUUGUUUGUUCGCUUGUCAAAUGAAAACGGAAUGGGUUGGUGAUUUUUUGCUC